GCUUGCUUACAGUGCCAAUCAAACCGCGUGGUGAAGAACUUCUACGUGAAUCUCUAUGGGGUUGCCUAUUCUGCGAGAAAAUUUUGUGAUCUACACUGUACACGAUAAUAGCUGUGCGGGAGAGCAACAAUCCACUCACAUAAAUCAUCUGUUGGAAGUAACAUUCAGUUGACGGCAGUAAGUUUUCUGUAAAUCAAUCACUGCGUUCUAUUAGAAAUAUGUCUGUUGAUUUCAGAUUGAACGGAAAGGAUUUCUCCGUGAGCACAUCGUCUAUUCCCAUCGAGACAUCAUUGAACACAUUCAUUCGCAACCAUGCCCAUCUCAGCGGGACCAAGUUCAUGUGCUUGGAAGGCGGUUGUGGUGCAUGUAUAGUAAAUGUAUCAGGGCCACAUCCAGUGAGUGGAGAAAUUGUUUCCCAUGCUGUUAACUCGUGUUUGUUUCCAAUAUUCGCCUGCCAUGGGUUGGAUAUCGUUACCGUUGAGGGAAUCGGCGAUGAGCGAACUGAUUAUCAUGCUACGCAAAAAGUGCUCGCGCAUUUUAAUGGUACACAAUGUGGAUACUGUUCUCCCGGCAUGGUCAUGAACAUGUACAGUCUGUUGCAGUCUAAAAAGGGAAUGGUAUCGAUGGCUGAGGUCGAAAAUGCAUUUGGAGGAAAUAUUUGCCGCUGCACUGGCUAUCGACCUAUCUUGGACGCAUUCAAAUCUUUGGCCUGUGACGCUGAUCCAAAACUGAAGCAGGCGUUCUUUGAUAUCGAAGAUCUAGGAGAGGCUUAUUCGAAAAAUAAUAAUAAGUGUGCUGGAAAAUGCCCUGUCGAUGAGAAAGUUCAUGAUCGAAAGUGCAUUCAAUUAAGCUUCCCAGGAAACAAGGAAUGGUAUAAAGUAUACAGCGUAAGCGAUGUGUUCAAAAUAUUUGAAAAGAUCGGAUCAAAACCGUAUAUGCUGAUUGGAGGUAACACUGCACAUGGAGUAUAUCGUAGAAGUGAUAACUUGCAAAUAUUCAUCGAUGUUACCUCCAUUGGUGAGCUACGAUCACACAAAUUGGAAAGCAAUUUGAUCAUUGGAGCUAACGUUACAUUAAAUGAAUUCAUGAGUAUACUAUCCGACGCCUCGAGUAAAAAUCCCAGCUUUAAUUAUUGUUCCGAACUUAUGCACCACAUUGAUCUGAUUGCUAAUGUACCAGUUCGAAAUACUGGAACGAUUGCGGGAAAUUUGAGUAUAAAACACGAGCAUAACGACUUUCCAUCUGAUCUAUAUCUGAUUCUGGAAACCGUUGGAGCAACAAUGAGAAUUAUGGAAUGCAAUGGCAACAUCAUCUGUGUAAAACCAUCGGAAUUCGUUUGCAUGGACUUGAAUAAGAAAUUGAUUUUGAGCGUUAUCUUGCCACCUUUGGAACCAAAACGUCACGUGUUCAAGUCUUUCAAAAUUAUGCCGCGAGCUCAAAAUGCUCACGCAUACGUGAACGGAGCAUUCUUGUUAAAGUUCAGAGAGGAUCGCACCGUUGUAGAUGCAGCAGCCGUAUGCUAUGGAGGAAUAAACCCUGCCUUCACACACGCAACAGCAACGGAACGCUAUCUUGUCGGACAGGACGCUUAUGACGACACCACUUUGAAUAAUGCGCUAACAGUUCUAUCGAACGAGCUUCAACCGGAUAGUGUUUUACCAGAUGCUUCUCCAGAAUACCGAAAAGGCUUGGCAGAAUCUCUAUUUUACAAAUUUAUUUUGAGCACAGCGUUGGAAAGGUCCAUCCCGAUUAAAAGAGAACUUGUUUCAGGAGGAACCCCAUGGCAACGUCCAGUAUCUAGUGGUUCACAGCAAUUCGAUACGAUUCCACAAAAUUGGCCUCUAACCAAGAACAUCCCGAAAAUCGAAGGACUGUCACAAACUUCAGGGAAGUCCCAGUUUGUCAAUGAUAUUCCAGUCAUGGCCAAUGAAUUGUAUGCUUGUUUCGUGCUGGCAACAAAAGCUAAUGCCAGAAUUUUGAACAUUGACGCGGAUGCGGCAUUGAACACUUCUGGGGUGGUAGCUUUCUACUCAGCUAAAGAUGUUCCCGGCCAAAAUAAAGUAAUGCCGUUCAAAGAUAUUUGUCCAGAAAAAGAGGAAAUAUUCUGCAGUGACAAAGUGUUGUACCACGGACAACCAAUUGGAGUGAUAGUCGCUGAAACAUUCGAAUUAGCAAAUAAAGCUGGCAAACAAGUUUCAGUCACCUAUGAUGUAGCAGAAAAGCCUUCCUACUGUACCAUACAGAACAUUAUUGAGAACAAUCAAAAUGAUCGCAUCAUCGAGACUGACCAUGGUUUCGAAGGACAAAAUUAUCCUAAAUCCGUUGAGGGGCCAAAGAAAAUAUCCGGUCAAUUGGAUCUCGGUUUGCAAUACCACUAUUAUAUGGAAACUCAAACCUGUAUCUGCGUACCAGUUGAAAACGAAAUGGAUGUAUAUCCAUCUACUCAAUGGGUCGACCUUGUUCAGAUAGCAAUAUCCCGAAUGCUCAAUAUUCCCGAAAAUCGGCUCAACAUCCAUGUUCGCCGCGUAGGUGGUUCCUAUGGAGGUAAAGCCAGUCGCUCUGCAUUUGUAGCGUGUGCUUGCGCUCUUGCUGCUCAUCUGUUAAAGAGGCCAGUACGAAUGGUAUUAACUUUGGAGGAAAAUAUGGCAGCAAUAGGAAAACGCUACGGGUGUUACUCGCAAUACGAAGCUAGUUUCUGUAACCAAGGAAAAAUUCAAAAACUCCAUAACAAAAUCAUCCAUGACUCUGGAUCUUCGUACAACGAAACUCCUUUCUACAUCAACAAUUACUAUUCAAAUUGUUAUACCAACGACAAUUUUAAAAUAGAGGCGUCUAAUGCACGGACAGACAUUGCUAGCAAUACAUGGCUGCGAGCUCCAGGAUCAGUGGAAGCUAUUGCAAUGAUCGAAACUAUUAUGGAGCACGUAGCUCACAAAGUAGGACUAGACGCUUUGGAUGUCCGAAUGGCGAACAUGGCUGAAGGAUCUAAGAUGAUUGAACUUCUUUCGGAAUUUCGGAAGGAUGUUGGGUAUGAUGAUCGAAAGGCUGAGGUAAACCGUUUCAAUGUUCAAAACCGCUGGCGAAAGCGAGGAAUCGCCGUCAUUCCUAUGAAAUAUCAAAUGACAUACUUGGGAGCAUUGCACGCAAUUGUUUCUAUCUACCAUGGAGACGGAACGGUUUCCAUCGCUCACGGUGGAAUCGAAAUGGGCCAAGGAUUGAACACCAAAGCCGUUCAGGUGGCAGCAUAUGUAUUGGGAAUCCCAAUGGAGAUGAUAAGCAUAAAAUCAACGAACAAUUUGGUGUCGCCGAAUGCUGUUUGUACUCAGGCCAGUUACACUAGCGAAGCAGUCGGAUAUGCAAUUAAAAAAGCAUGUGAAAUACUACUGGAUAGAAUUCGUCCAAUUAAGGACAAAAACAAAGACGCAUCCUGGGUCUUCGUAAUAGAACAAUCCUACCGAGAAAAUAUAAAUCUCAGUGCAUCAUACAUGUACAAAGAAUCAGAGCUUGAACCGUACAUCAUUUGGGGACUUAGUUGUGCAGAAGUCGAAAUUGAUGUCCUUACUGGAAACUUGCAGAUAAUUCGUGUGGAUAUCCUUGAGGAUACUGGAGAAAGUCUAAGCCCGGGAAUUGAUGUCGGUCAAAUUGAAGGUGCUUUUGUCAUGGGGCUGGGAUACUUUUUAACGGAAAAAAUUGUGUUCGAUCCGAUCAGCGGAGAGUUAUUAACGAAUCGUUCAUGGAACUAUAAGCCUCCGGGAGCCAAAGAUAUUCCGAUUGAUUUUAGAGUAAGAUUUCUCCGGAAUAGCCCCAAUCCAGCGGGUGUCCUGCGAUCGAAAACUACUGGUGAACCCGCUUCUGUUAUGAGUGUAGUGGUCUUGUUUGCCAUACGUAAUGCGCUAAUGUCGGCGAGGAAAGAUGCCGGGAUUGAUGCAGAUCAGUUGUGGGUGUCAUUGGGAGCGCCUACAACACCGGAAGAGAUUUAUCUACUUGCAGGAAACUCGAUUACGCAAUAUAAGUUGAAUUGAUAGAAUGAAGUGCAAUCUUAACAGUUAAUGAACUUCUGUUAAAAUGAAAUAAAAAAUAAUUGCUUACAUUUCCAACUCUAAUCAACGUUAUCACAUUCAAAAGUAUUAUUAGUGGUUACAUUAGGAAAA